CUGCUGUCGCAGUGCACGGCAGUGAUGACGCGCCGCCGCUGUCAUAGAGCUCCAGUCCAGCGAUCAGGGAAGAAGCUAAAACUCGUCUCGACGGAGCUAAAAUAUCACGGUCACUGCGAUACUGUCAGUGCUUCUUCAUAGCUGUUAUGGAUGCCACCUGCUGUUUCUGCUGAUCUGCUGCUUUUCACAAAGUCCAGAGGGCCAUGAGCCCAACCAGUUUCUAUCUGCAAUAUGAGCCUCCGAACCAUAGGGGGCGCUGUGCUCAGCUCCCUGGGCCCUAGUCUGGCAGCUCAGGCUGGAGGAGCCUGGAGCUCCAUCUCUUUCAGACCCAUACCGUCCUUGCUUCAGACCAUGGUACCUGCCAGUUACACCGCGCUACAGGAGGAACGCCUGGCCAUGGUGGACCUCGGCACUCCCAAGCCAGAGUCCCUCAAGAACGGGUUCCACCGUGAACCCAGACGCCACUCGGACCGCAGCAGCCGAACGUCCAUCAGCCUGUCUGACGCUGGAGAUGGACGCUAUGCAGAGACGGACCCCAUGUUGCCUGAUGGCAGGCUUUCGGGAGAAGAGGCAGAUGAAGAAGCGGAGAGCGAGGAGGAAGGGCAGCAGCAGGCCACUAGAAAUAUGCCCAAAGAGUCACCCCUCGCUAUGGCUUUGCAGAUACUGGUGCCCUUCCUUCUAGCUGGGUUCGGGACUGUGUCGGCUGGAGUAGUACUGGAUAUAGUACAGCAUUGGGAAGCAUUUAAGAACAUUACGGAGAUCUUCAUCCUGGUUCCGGCUCUUUUGGGUUUGAAAGGAAACCUAGAGAUGACUCUUGCUUCCAGGCUUUCCACAGCGGUGAAUGUGGGGAAAAUGGACUCACCCAUCGAGAAGUGGAAUCUUAUUAUUGGGAAUUUGGCACUGAAACAGGUGCAGGCCACAGUAAUCGGGUUCCUGGCAGCGGUAGCGGCUGUUGUACUGGGUUGGAUUCCUGAGGGAAAGUUCCAGAUCAGUCACGCCGUGUUGCUGUGUUCCAGUAGCGUUGCUACAGCCUUCAUAGCAUCUCUGCUGCAGGGUAUUAUAAUGGUGGGUGUGAUUGUGGGCUCUAAGAAGACAGGUAUCAACCCUGAUAAUGUAGCUACACCCAUCGCCGCCAGUUUCGGUGACCUCAUCACGCUGGCCAUCCUGGCAUGGAUCAGCCAGGGCCUCUACAACUGCUUAGACUCUCACCCAUAUGUGUCAUCUCUGGUGUGUGCCUUCUUCAUGUGUCUGACUCCGCUGUGGAUGGUCAUCUCCUCCAAACACCCCGCCAGCCGUCAGCUGCUCUACUCGGGCUGGGAGCCCGUUAUCACUGCCAUGUUCAUCAGCAGUAUUGGAGGACUCAUCUUGGACAAAACUGUGUCUGAUCCCAAUUUGGCUGGGAUUGUGGUUUACACGCCUGUUAUCAACGGUAUUGGAGGAAACCUGGUGGCCAUCCAGUCCAGUCGGAUAUCCACCUACCUGCACUUUCACAGCACCCCUGGAGAGGUUCCUGAUGAGGCCAAGGGUUGCUACUACCCCUGCCGCACCUUCUGUGGCACAGGGGCCAAUCACAGGUCAGCACAGGUUCUGCUGUUACUGGUCAUCCCUGGUCAUUUGAUCUUCCUGUACACCAUCGAUCUGAUGGAAAGGGGUCACACCUCAUUGACGCCCGUGUUCAUGGCUGUGUAUUUGGCUGCUGCUCUUUUCCAGGUCUUCUUGUUGCUUUGCAUAGCGGACUGGAUGGUGCACUCCAUGUGGAAAAGCGGGAAAGAUCCGGACAGUUUCUCCAUCCCGUAUCUAACAGCGUUGGGCGACCUGUUGGGGACUGCUUUCCUGGCUCUCAGCUUCCACUUCUUGUGGAUCAUCGGGGACCAGGACAGCGAUGUGGGCGACUGAGGUCGUUCUUUGACCUUUGACACGCAGAUCAAACAAUUCCAUACUUGCUGUCCUCACUUAUUGCCUUGAAUGGCUGCUUGUCAGAUCGGGCAUGUGGCAUAUAAACAAACUUAGCAUUUCUCUGUCAGUUCGUGACUCUUCUUAAAGUGCCAGAUGAUUUAUAAGCUGCAUCAAAAGAUUCUCCAUCAUCUCAAACAGGGUGAUUUCUGGUGCGUCUGAUGUGGGACGGUACAAAAAAAAUCUUCUUCAUCAGCACUAUUGCAGUGGAAGGACCAAAAACAAACCUUAAAAACAGGAUUGUCUUGGUAAUUGUAGUUUAUUUAUUUGUCUUUGUCUUUCUUAAUUACCCAUGUUGCUCUGUCUUCUUUUUUGAGACUUGAGACCAUUUUCUCAUGUCUGUCCAGUCGAGUCAGACCUUAUUACAAGUAUAGCCGCACAGUUUUUACUCGAGCAGUGCCAGAUCAAUUCAUAUAAACCUCUGUAAUGCAGUUUGGAAGUUUGCUUUGUAUUGCUUAAUAGGGUAGAAUAAUAAACUAAUAUAUAUCAGCUUUGAGGAAAGGGAAUAGUCUGCUCGUUUAAAGAGAAACACAACGGUCUGAGUAUCGAUUGGAAAUGUCAGACUUUCUUUUUCGGUCUCCGACUUUGUGUUUAAUGGUCAUGUAUGCAAUUAAACGAAAUGGGUUGAAUGAGCAACGUAGUCUUGUAUGUGUGUGUCUGUGUGUGUGAACAUUUUUGUACAUUGUUACUAAGGUGCCAUGAACAGCAUUUUUCUAUGAUGAAAAAAUGAGUUUCUACUGGCAUCAAUGGAGGAUUCUUUGUGUUUCUUUCUUGCCAUGCUUUUUUUGAUACUCAAAAUGUUUAAUAAAGGUUUAAUAAAAGUUUAUGUCCAAUA